CCGUCACUUAGAACAGGAUAGGCAGCCUGGCGGUAUGUGACAGACAGUCUACCAGUACCCCCAGUAUCUCGUCUCACACACAGAGAUCAGCAAGGGAGGAGAGAGUUUGCAUUCUCAAGUUUAAUGUGCAGCUCGACAUGCCACCUCAAAUGGAUUACUUCUACCACGAGUCCCGAGUCCCUUCUGCUUGCGGGCUGACCCGGGAGGAUGAGCUGGAGCCCGGCGUCAUCAGCUGUAUGCUGGUCGGAGACGGAGCCGUCGGGAAGACCAGCAUGAUAGUCAGCUAUACCUCCAAUGGAUACCCGACGGAAUACCAACAGACCGGUUUUGACGUUUUCUCUGGUCAGGUCCAAGUAGAAGGAUCUCCGGUUAAAGUUCAGCUUCUGGACACUGCUGGACAGGAGGAGUUUGAUGGAUUCAGAGCUCUGUCCUACGCCCACACGGACGUCUUCCUCCUGUGCUUCAGCAUGGUCAACCCCACCUCGUUUCACAACAUCACCAAGAAGUGGGUUCCGGAGAUCCGGGCUUAUAACACCUCCUCGCCCAUCGUUCUCGUUGGGACUCAGUCGGACCUCUUGCUGGACGUGAACGUCCUCAUCAACCUGGACCGAUCUCAUGUCAAGCCUAUCCCGAGCUCUCGGGCCCGGAGCAUGGUGGAGAAGAUCAGGGCUGCAGACUACGUGGAGUGUUCUUCGCUCACGCAAAAGAACUUGAAGGAGGCGUUUGAUGCUGCCAUCUUCGCCGCCAUAAAGAACAAAACCCGCAAGUCCAAGAAGAGGAGGUUUUCUGACAGACGCACAAAAGCUUUCUCCAGGUGCAGCUGGAAGAAGUUCUUCUGCUUCAUCUGAACUCAUAAACAGACUGCUAACCCUGUGGGUUGUGGACUUUAAUUUAUUCAAAUCAUUUUCUUUAUGUUGUCAUAGAUCUGAUCUGUGGCAGUUAAGCAUUCUUCCCUGGUCGUACUUUGGUUAUUUUACUUGGGGAUGCCAAAUGGUGCAAAGGGGAAACUAUACAUGAGCACAGUGAACAUUGGGAACUGACAUCUGUGGGGACAGCAGAGAGGAUACUGGGUCAUUCUCAGCCAGAGUUUCACACUCCAGCAGACACACUCAGGACAGCAUCAUGUUUACAUUAAAUUCAAAUGUUUGAUUGUUCCAGGACAAUAGAACAAAACAUAUGUUACAUAUUAUAAUCCAAAUGUGUGUGUAUGCAUCACUGGUGUGAGCCACUUGAGAAAAGAAGGGCAGUGAAUUGAAACUUUAAAUGAAUAUAUCAACAAUCAGCUGCAGAGAGAAAGCAAAGGCCCUCAUGUAAAUGUUGUGAAUUUGCAUUUUGUGCUUUGCUACCAGCUGCAGCCUUUAAUGUAAGCGAGAGAAAAACAGAAAGUGGCCGUGUUUGAGCAGAUGGGCGUUAGCCACUUCUCUGUUGUAUUCUCGCUGUCUGCCUACUCCAGCCUAUUUAUAUGCGGCAGCUGCAAGUUCAGGUUGCAGUGCGAGGUGCAACAUUCUUACCUGUGUGUGAAAGCUCCCCCGGCUGGUUUGGAUUGGUCUUUUCUCACCUUCGAGUUAAUCAACUCACAAUCUUAUCACCCCUGACAUUUCUGUUCGGUUGAGAUUUGAUCAACUGAUUUAACAUCUGUGGAAAAAGUAACGCAGCGGCAUGAUUUGUCGAAACAAAUGUAUUUCUUCUGUCUUAAUUCUCGGAUCGGCACAGGAACUUUGUGAAAAUCCUCUUGCCUGAGGUGAAAGGUUGCACAGGAGCGAUAACCUUUGGCUUUUUGUUCCCGUCUCCCAUCAAUCUGCAUCUGUAAAAGCAAGCACUGCAGGAGUCUCCACUCCCAUCCUGUGGAUCCUCCCAACACCACCGUCAGCCUGGCUUUUUUAAUUUGCCCCUCUUUUGUUUACAUGCUCAAUACACUCCUUAUCUGCUCAAUAGCCCAGUGUUUACAGAGAACGCUAAACAGCCCCUGCUUGAAUGUAAGUGUAAGGUAAUUCACUUUUUUUGUUUUCAAAAAAGCCUUGUGUCUGUGAUGUAUUUGCUAUAGAAAGUCAGAUUGUGCACUCCAGAGGCUUUACUAUACUUCUUGUGGAAGUUACCUUCAUGUAUAUGCUAUUCUGUUUGUUAAAACAGGCCAUUUGUCAUGUUUAUGUAUAUGAAAUAUUCAAUAAGUCAUGGAUUUUAAAUGCAUUAAUAUACUCCACAUAUGUUUUGUUCCAUGUAUCCCUGUCACUAAUCUCCUUCUCUGUGUGUCAUUAUUACAUUGGGGGAGUGAUGUGAUGCAAAUAAAAUG